GAUUGCGAUCGUUCUUGCCUUAUGAUAAGCAGACGUCGUCUAAGAACUGCAUAGGUCAUAGCGCAGUCCUAAUAUUGGCAAUCGAUGUCCUUUGAUUUGUUUUUAUUUUUUCUUCUUCCCUUUGCUGUAUAGUUAAUGUUUUAGAGAGAGAACGAUUGUUGUCAGUCUGCAUGUCGUCUGCGAGAAAAUGGGGUAACAAUAGACGCUGGUGAAAUGUUGAAAACAAGUUGAGAGUUGGCAUCGGGAGACAGAUCUCGCAACUUUGGUCCAAAAUGAACGUGAAUUUUAGUUCUGCAUCUGACGACGUAUUCCUUUACAUACGGAAAUGCGAGGAAGUUGAAUGAAAACUCUUUUCACGUCCCUCCGUUUCCCCAUCAGCAACUCUUUCAAGUUGUAAAUCGGCCCCAGGGACGAUUUACUUUUGAAAUGUUGUUAAUUGCCUUCUGUCACCGAUACAGAGAGAUCUGUCACGAGUCCACUAGGCGUCGCAAACAUUUGAUCAAUGGAUAAAAACAUUAGGACGUGACAUAUAAACCCAGUCCGGAAAUGGAAUCGCGCGCCAGAAAAGAUUUGAAUAAGUAAUUGUGAAAGCAUCGAAAAUCGCACUCGGCUUUUCCAUUAUGCUUCUUUAAUGUCGGGUUAGCUCGGAGUAAGUCACACUGUCUGCGUCGCUCGACAUGUGCAUUUGAUAACAAGGAAUAAAGACAUCAAAAAAUGAGUCGGCCCGGACCAGCGCAUGCGCCCCUCGGCCCUCCCGCCUCCGAAGCGUCGGAUGGAUAGACGAAACGGAAUAGAUCCAGUCUUUGGGUGACGACGACGCCGGUCGAUGCAAGAGCUACUCUCUGACACUGUCGAGAACUUCCUUCUGUGAAUACAUACGCACCCAGCCAGCCAGCCAGCCACACACACACAUUCUCGGGGAUAGCUUAACGCGCCUGUGUGAGUUGGUGGCGUUGUGUGUCUAUUGCUCGCUCGAGUGUGUCCCAUGCUCUUCGUAUAGACAUAGAAGUUUGCUGCUCGUCUUCCUUGCUGACCAGUCGACAACAUCUGUUCGAGCAGAUCAGGUCACAUUUUGCGUUGCCCGAAAAUCUUCGAUCGUCGCUUGUCGGCCCUUUUCGUAUUUGCAUUUCCUUCCCCGUAUCCCCCACGCUCAAUCACCAGUGAACUGCUGUGCGAGUCGCUGCUGCUCCUGCUGCUUCUUAUUGCUGCCGCCGCUUCUAAAUAAGCGCAAGUGGUGGUCGAUCGAGCUUCAGUCCACAAGGGUUCAUACCCUCGUCGUUUAUUGGUGUGCGUGAGCUCAACUGGUCCAUCGACCAGUCACCUGCGUGCCCAAGGCUUUGCCGGCCAUUGUAAAAAAAAAAAAAGAGGAGGCGUAGCGUGUAGUUGCUGCUGCUGACGUCGCCCAACAGUUGACUUAACGGUUGGACGAUGGCCGACCGGCCGCCGUUCGCGCUGUGGUUGCCAUCGGUGAUUGUGUGCGCCGUAGCCGCUGCCGCCUACUGGAAUGCGCUGCAAUGCGGUUUCGUCUUCGACGACAUCUCGGCCAUCAAAGACAACAAGGACUUGAGGCCGCACACGCCCGUCUCCAACCUCUUCUUCAAUGAUUUCUGGGGCACGCUCAUGACCAAGGAGCAGAGCCACAAGUCCUACCGGCCGCUAACCGUGUUGACCUUUCGUCUCAACUAUCUUCUACACCAGCUGGAGCCUUGGGGAUAUCACGCCACCAAUGUCCUCCUUCACGCCGCCGUCUGCCUCCUCUACUUGCGGUUGUGCGUCAUGUUCCUAGUUCCGAGUACGGCUUUUGUCGCGGCCCUUUUAUUUGCUGUCCAUCCAAUACACACGGAAGCGGUGACUGGGGUGGUGGGACGAGCCGAGCUACUCUCGGCCGCCUUUUCCCUGGUGGCUUUUCUCGUUUACAGCAAGAGCAUCGGCCGAUCGGGAAAAACAGGUUGGAGCGGAAUAGCUGUGACAAUUGCCCUGGUCACCUGCGGCAUGCUGUGCAAAGAGCAGGGCAUCACCGUCGUCGGCAUCUGCCUCAUCUACGAUCUCUGUGUUGUCAAUAAGCUGUAUGGCAAUCAACUAUUGAAAGUCGUCAAGGCUUCGCUUGGUGCUGGUGGACAGUUGACGGGAUCAGGGCCCAGCCACGUCGGGAGUAAGGCGCUGCAUCUAGCCGCCGUCAGUUGCGGUCGAACUCGUUCCAUUUUCCCGCGUACCGCUGUCCUGACCAUGUCGACGUUGGCACUCCUAGGAGCCAGGAUGUACGUCAUGGGAUCGCAAUUGCCCGUCUUCACUCGGUUCGAUAAUCCGGCUUCAGCCUCUUCGUUUCCUAGUCGUCACUUGACCUACAAUUACCUAGCUGUACUCAACGCCUGGCUGCUGACCUUCCCGUCGUCACUCUGCUGCGAUUGGACGAUGGGCACUGUUGCCCUUGUCGAAUCAAUGACUGACCCACGUAAUCUUGCCACUCUUCUUUUCUUUUUCCUCGCCUUCCGAUUCGUUUGGGCGGCUUUUUUCCAAGGAGACCCGGUCAUCAUCAUGGCUUUCUCCUGGAUGGUGUUGCCCUUCCUACCGGCGUCCAAUUUGUUUUUCCCCGUCGGCUUUGUCGUUGCGGAGCGUGUGCUCUACAUACCAUCCAUGGGUUUUUGCAUUAUGGUCGCUUACGGAUGGUCCAAGUUAGCUGGCUACACUAAACCAAGUUGGACGAAAGCAGUUCAUUUGGGUUUCUUGCUCCUGUUCGUUUUCCACGGUCUGAAGACGUACACCCGCAACUUUGACUGGGAAUCGGAGCAGGCCAUCUUUAGUGCCGGUUUGAGAGUCAAUCAGCGUAACGCCAAGUUGUUCAACAAUGUCGGUCACGCCCUCGAAAGUCAGGCUCAGUACACCGAAGCCCUCGAAUAUUUUCUGCAGGCUGUCAAGGUUCAAGAUGACGACAUUGGAGCCCAUAUCAAUGUUGGCCGCACCUACAAUAAUCUGGGCCGGUUCAAAGAAGCCGAAGAAGCUUAUCUCAAGGCCAAAUCCUUGUUACCGAGAGCCAAGCCCGGUGAGAGUUACCAGGCCCGCAUCGCUCCCAACCAUUUGAACGUGUUUCUAAAUCUGGCCAAUCUGAUUGCUCGCAAUGAGACCCGACUCGGAGAGGCGGACGCUUUAUAUCGCCAGGCGAUUUCGAUGCGAGCAGAUUACACUCAGGCCUACAUCAACCGCGGAGACAUCCUCAUCAAGAUGAACCGAACGAAAGAAGCUCAGGAAGUGUACGAGAAAGCCCUAUUCUACGACAGAAACAAUCCAGAUAUUUAUUACAACCUGGGAGUGGUUCUGUUAGAGCAAGGGAAGCCUAGUCAAGCUUUGGCGUAUUUGGAGCGAGCGUUGGAACUGGAACCCGAUCAUCAAGCGUCUCUACUGAACUCGGCUAUCGUCCUUCAAGAAAUGGCCGCAAACGAUAAAGGCCAUCAAGAUAACGCUGAAUCGGAUUCUUCGCAGAGUGAAGUCAAUGCCGAGGUUACUCAGUGGCGCCGACGAGAAGCCACUAAACGUUUAAAACAUUUGCUACAGCUCGAUCCCAUUAAUGAAAGAGCUUUAUUCAACCUUGGAAUGUUGGCUAUGGACAACGGAGACAUGCCAUCAGCCGAACAUUAUUUUAAAGGAUCAGUGUUACUCAAACCAAACUUUCGGUCGGCUCUCUUCAAUUUGGCCCUUUUACUCAGCGACACGGGACGACCGUUGGAAGCUGUACCUUUUCUCAAGCAGCUCGUUCAUCAUCAUCAGGAUCACAUCAAAGGUCUUAUUCUGUUGGGAGACAUCUACAUCAACAGCAUGAAGGACCUCGAAGCUGCCGAAGGAUGUUACAUCCGAAUCCUGGAGCUGGAUCCGAUGAAUGUGCAAGGACAGCACAAUUUAUGCGUUGUCUACGUUGAGCGAGGAGACUUAAGUGCUGCCGAAAAGUGUCUGCAGCAAGCCCACCGAUUGGCUCCUCACGAGGACUACAUCGUCCGCCACCUGAACAUCGUUCAGACGCGCAUUGCCAAAUUGAUUGCCGCUCAGCAGAAAAAACAGCAGCAAAAGAAAAUCGAUAAGAAAGACCAGCAUCUUUGAUCAUUGAUCAAUGCCAUAAUUUUUACCCCAGCCAUCCUUUACCCCACUCCAGAUGAUUGACGAGGCUUCUCCUGCCCAUACUGAUCCUUGUUAAUAUCUCCAUGGCCCCUAUCUUUGACUUGUUUAUUCGAUUAAGUGAUCUUCAAACGCGAGUGACAUUUGGCGUGAGCUUUUGAGUCGUCUGUGUGUUGGUGUGUACGUAUGUAUGAUUGCUGAUUGCCUAGGUUGCUGACUGACAUUCCAAGAACUCCAUUUGCAAAACCAGAUUCAGAGUCUUUGGAAAGGGACUGAACAACUUUUCAUAUCGCUUUACUUGUAUCUCACCUUUUCCUUCAAACUACUAUCUAUUAAUCAAGUCCAGAUGUUUUAAGAGAGUACCAGAAAAGUAUUUGGAAUUUGCAGCUGAUGAAUUCAGGUUCAGUGUGAAGGUGCCUUGAUAUUUAUAAAUGUUGACAACAUAUGUGUGAAAUACGGUAAGACAUGAGAGAACAGAGAGAAAUAUUUGAUUCACGCCAUUAUUUUUGUAUGCUGGUGAAAGUGUUGGAGCUUUGCUAUCUUUUGACCUUGUCCGGUCCGGUUGUCCGUUUUUUCUCGCGUGUACUAUCACGCAAAUUGGUGGGCGGCAUAUACUAUGGAUGAGAGGAGGCUUAUUUACGUACGUCGCAGCUGAACCGCACAACCGUGCGCAUUUCACUCGAUUACAAAAAAAGGCCAAAACUGUGAUAUGAGCUUCAUUUAUGAAAUAAUAUCCUUUCAUCCUCGAAAUCACAAUCGGCAUUUUGAUCGCAAGUGCAAAGUGCCAUUCCAUAUUUGUCCGUUCAUCUUGUUUAGUUUUCGUUCUCGAAUUCUAGUUUGUCUACUUUCACACUAUCUAUACUCAAAAAUUCGCAUAUACCUAUUUGUAUAUUUACGUGUAUUUGAUUCGAGAUAAACGUUUUGAAUCUAUGAAAAUCUAUACGUAUUUUUCUUUUCGUAAUAAUUUUAGGUUUUUUAAAAGAAUAUCCUCGCGAUAAAACACAGGUGUUUUAAGUCUGACGAACAAGGCUUGGGAAAGGUAUGCAUAUUACAAUUUUAACCGGUUUUUAACCCCGUCAUGGAAUUACAAAAAACUUAUGAACACAUAGGAGUGCCACUAGAGACUAUAUGGAAAAAUUACUUUAAUAUUCGUUUCGAAAAGCAAGUCGGAAUUAAAAUUUACUGUACUUUCAUUUUUAAACGAGUAAAAUUAAAUUUCUCUCCACGACACAGAACUGUUUUUUAAACUUUAAAUUUCCUAUUUAAUGAAUAAACACCACCAUAAUGAUCAAUUUACGAUCUGACAUCUAAUCAGAGGAUUAAAAAAAUGACAAUUUACAUUAAACAGAACGUAAACGGCUGGGCAGAUGUGUAUUGCCUUGUAUGCAACAAACAGCACAUAUCCAGCUGGAAUCACCCAGCACACUGAGAGAAACUCGCGAUGUUCUCGUCCCAUUUGUUUCUUUUCCAAGAUCUUUUCCAAGAUUAACCGAAAAAGAUAACUAAUAAAGAGGAAACAACAAAAUGGAAAUAGAAAAUAAAGGGGGACUGUUCAUCGUUGGUAUCGAUUAUGUUUGCUGGCGUACUCAAGAUUUUACCUUUUUUUGCACAAGACAAAUUUAGAUUUAAAAUAGAAGGGAUGAAAAAGAUGGAGGAUGAUGAGGGCCUAACUGUAGCACACGGAAAAACAGAAACAAAAGGUGGCAACACUUGUUCAGUACCGCUGCUUUUUUUAAAUCGCCUUUUUGGUUCUCAAUAUACAGACGUCCUUGCCUCAAGUGCUAAUAAACCGAUUACGAACAUUAGAAAAAAAAAA